AUGCGGAUUUGGAUCAAGCUGACUAUAGUUUACUUUUUUUCUUUGCUUCAGAAGACAUUGGCUGAUUAUGACUCAAAAUCCAUUCUAAAAUUCCCUGAUGUUGCAUUUUCGAAAAGCCUCACAGAAUUCGAUUCUUUGGCUAGCGUGUACCAUACUUUAUCUAGAAAACCAACUUGUUAUCAAUCUACUGCAUUUUCUCUAAUGUCGGCAUGCGAGGUUUUAAAUACAGAACUUUCACUGGACGAACGUAUUGACUACGCGAUUCGAUUAACAAUCUGCGAUCUUGAACAUGCACAAAUUCCAGUUCCCUAUGAAUGUAAAAGAGAAUCACAAUCUUCAUGUUUAAAGCAGCUUGAAUCUGUAUCCUCUUGGUGGAUUUCCUUCGCUAGUCAUUACCAUGAUAUAUCUCAUUUAUGUAAACUAGCACGGUUGGAAUUUGAUAAAGGAAUUUCUAUUGAAGUCAAUAGAAAUAUAACGUUAAUCCAGAAAGAUUUGUUAGAACUGCUGACAUCUGAGCUCCAAUAUUUUCAAGACAUGUCUAGCGAUUUCAAGUAUGAAACGAUACUUGAAAAUCAGAAAAUGAUUUCUUUAUUUCAAGAAAGGACACAGCAAAUGAAUUUUUUGCUGGAGAAUGAAAAAGCAAGUUUAAUAAACUGGAAAAGCGAUCAAAACGAAGUUAUUAUAAAUCAAAAAGAUUCGUUAGCACAGUCUACUGAGUUAACCCAAAGGCUCGAUUCUAUGAAAUUUGUAGUCCAUGACCUUUUGACACAAGCUUAUGAAGAUCGUGAAACUUUACAUGACCACUUUCAAGAAAAAGCGCUAACACAAAAUGAGGAUUUUCUUAAACUAUUAAAAGAAAAAGCUUCGGAAUUUCAAACUGACUACCAUGUAACGUUGUCCUCAAUUAUGAGGGAUACUGAAAACACGCUUCAGUUAUCAAUGGAAAAUGAGGUUGCUCAAUUUUUGAAUCGGUUUUCUACUUUAACGAACAAAAUCAUGCAUUUGGACAAAGGUUUGGAUACCUUGCACGGCUCGUUUAUGAAACAUUCUUUGGCUCAACAAGAACAAAUGUCUCAAUGGAAAACAGAAUUCUUCGACCUAAAUAACAGUCAGUUGGAAAUUUUUAGCAAGUUUGGUUCGUUAAUCAAAGUUCUGAAACCGUUUGCAGACUUUUCGCUAGCUGGUUUUACAAACUUAGCAAGCGGUAUAAUUAUGUUGGGUGUACUUUUGAUCUACAAAUUCUUGAAACUUACGCUUUCGGUCCUUAAACCACAGUCUCUCUCUCCAAUAUAUGUUAUGAUAAUUACGGGUGCAAUCAUAGCCUGCUACAAAUACUUGUAUGCUUUAAACUUGAUUCAAACAAUUAAAUUUGGGUUUUCUCUGAGCUUAAAUUUCAAAAACUAUGGAGUUACUGCUUUGUUUUCUAUAUGCUUUAUAUACGUUAUUUACCUACUAAUAUCUCGUCUAUUUAAAAGGUUUAAAAAACCGGAACCUGCUUCAAACCUUUUGUUACUUGCUCCACCGGAGAGUGGUCCUUUCCAAAAGCCCACUAGAAGGACAGGUCAUCAAAAUUGGGCUCAUGAAGGAUUUCCAAAUAGGUAUGAUAACAAUCUUGUUGGCAUAUCCGAACCUCAAUGGUUUUUUAACGAUCAAAGGAAAGUUGCAAAUAUGAACCAGAAUCAGAGCGACGAUACGUUUCAACAAAAAGCUUGGUGGGAAUAA